GUUGCCCGCUCUCGGUAUGGUCUCUGUUCUGCAACCUGUGGUCCAUGCUGGGAGAAUACAGUCCAGGAGACUGCUCGGACAAUGACUGGGCCCGCCUACCGAGCUGCGAAUGAUCAGCAGACUGAGUGGAACAGUGCCUGUGACCCUUGGAAACUUGGUGAGCGUUGGAGCUGCGGGUCGACGGUUGGGUUUCUCUUUAAUCCUUCCGGCUUCUCCAAGACUCGUGCACUCAUGUUCCGUUCCAAGUGUGGCAGCGGCCCGGGGUGUGUCAGGGCGCUCGGCCAGAGGCGGCCGGUGAGUGGGGCGCGCAAAGCCAGGGACCAGGGAAUCCAGCAUGCAAAUUGGACUUGAUCACCCAGUUGGAGGAAUAACAACUGUAGAUGCUGGAUCUUCAGGGAACAGAAGAGGGGAGUUUCUAAAAAUACAUGUAUAGAUAGGAAGAUUUGAACUGAACCAAAGCAUCAACGCCAAUCAUGAUGUUUCUGAAGAAUUAGAGUUUUCAGGGUCAGCAAUGGAAAGUCUCAGAGGGAAUACUUCCCAGGGUCCUACAAAUGAAGAAGCCUAUAAAAGUGAGGGCCAGUUAUCAAGGCGGACAAAAUGUCCUGCACAGAAGAAAUCAUCUUUUGAGAAAACAGCAAUCAGAAAAGUGUCAAUGACACUCAAAGAAAUUUUCACUGGGGAGAGAGGUCCUGAAUCCAGUGAAUUUAGUUUAAGUUCAAACCUUGACACACAACAGAAGAUUCCAAAGGGAGAUAGAUCUUCCAUAUCUAGGAAAAACUCCAAAGACAUUUCAGACUUAAUUAAAGACCAAAAACUCUUCCCACAAAAGAAACUUUAUAAAUGCAAUGAAUGUGGGAAAGCCUUUGGUUACCAAACAGACCUUCUUGUACACAGUAGAAUUCAUGGUGGAGGAAAGCCUUUUGAAUGCAAUGACUGUGGGAAAACUUUCAGCCGAAGUACACACCUUAUUGAACAUCAAAGAACUCACACUGGAGAGAAACCAUAUGGAUGCAGUGAAUGUGGAAAAGCCUUUAGUAGAAGUACACAUCUUAGUCUACAUCAGAGGAUCCACACUGGAGAAAAACCAUAUGAAUGUAGUGAAUGUGGAAAAGCCUUUAGCCGAAGCACUAACCUUAGUCAACAUCAGCGAACUCAUACUCAAGAAAAGCCUUACAAAUGUCAUGAAUGUGGGAAAGCCUUCAGUGACCGUUCAACCAUAAUUCAACAUCAACGAAUACACACUGCAGAGAAUCCUUACGAAUGCAGUGAAUGUGGAAAAGCUUUCAGUUGGAUCUCAUCUCUUAUUGAACAUCAGAGAACGCACACUGGGGAGAGCCCCUAUGAGUGCAGUGACUGUGGGAAAGUGUUCAGUCGAAGCUCAUCCCUUACUGAACAUCAGAGAAUCCACACUGGAGAAAAGCCCCAUGAGUGUAGAGAGUGUGGAAAGGGCUUCAGUCGGAGCUCAUCACUUAUUAUUCACCAGAGAACUCACACCGGAGAAAAGCCCUACAAAUGUAAUGACUGUGGGAAAGCCUUCAGUCAGAGUUCAACUCUCAUCAGACAUCAGCAACUUCACACUAAAGAGUAAUGUGUGAGCUUUUAUUAAUGUUAGCACAAAAGCACAUACACAUAACCUCCCACAGCUGAAAAAAAUAUAUAUAU